AUGUAUCGAGACAAAGUAUCGAUUGCAUCGAUUGUUUCCCGUUUGUUUUGUUGGUCUUUAUGAAUCAAUUGUUAAACCCCUUCCUCCGCUCAGAAAUUUGCAGAACGAACUUCAGCGGCACCAGAUCAGCAGAAUCCCUUGCAGUUAGUCACCGGGCGAUAAGGAUAAGCGAGUAGCCAGUUACCCGUAAACAGAAUGUGGAAGGCAACCGCCGGUCACCAGAUUCAGGCCACUAGUGCCACCACUGCAGAGGAUGAUGAUUGGGAGACGGAUCCAGACUUUGUGAACGAUGUCAGCGAGCAGGAGCAGCGAUGGGGUUCGAAGACCAUUGACGGCAGUGGACGCACCGCCGGCACCAUUGACAUGGAUAAGCUACGUGAGGAGACUGAGCAAGCCGAUCUGGACAAGAAGAAGCAGCUGUUGAAAGAUCAGAACGCCGGAUACGGUUACGGCGGAAAAUUUGGUGUGGAGAAGGACCGCAUGGACAAGUCCGCUGUCGGCCAUGACUACCAGGGCAAGGUGGGUAAGCACGCCUCGCAGAAGGACUACAGCGAUGGAUUUGGAGGAAAGUUUGGUGUGCAAGAGGAUCGCAAGGACAAGUCUGCUGUAGGUUGGGACCACGUUGAGAAGGUUGAAAAACACGCCUCGCAGAAAGACUAUGCCACUGGCUUUGGAGGCAAGUUCGGAGUGCAGUCUGAUCGAGUGGACAAAUCGGCCGUAGGUUGGGAUCACAUUGAGAAGGUCGAGAAGCACGAGUCCCAGAAGGAUUACUCAAAAGGUUUUGGCGGCAAGUUUGGUGUUCAGGAGGACCGAAAGGAUAAGUCAGCCGUGGGAUGGGACCACAUUGAAGCCCCCCAGAAGCAUGCCAGCCAGGUGGACCAUAAGGUUAAGCCAGUGAUCGAAGGUGCUAAGCCCUCCAAUUUGCGGGCCAAGUUCGAGAACCUUGCCAAGAACUCUGAGGAGGAGUCUCGUAAGCGCGCAGAAGAACAAAAGCGUCUGCGUGAAGCAAAGGACAAGAGAGAUCGUGAGGAGGCCGCCAAGAAAACGGUAGCAGAGAAUACCCCACUUACCUCCACGGAAACACCCCCACCCAAGGGAAGCAGAGCGGCCAUUCAGACGGGUCGCACAGGAGGAAUCGGCAAUGCGAUUAGUGCAUUCAACCAGAUGCAGUCGCCCGUUUCGGAGACUCCACCUGCACGCAAGGAGCCCAUCUUCAUUCCCAAGGCUCAGCCUGUUAAGGUAGAAGCAAAGGAAGAGCCAGCAGCCCCUCAAACUCCAUUAGUGGUUGCUGCUGCUCCUGCAGCUACAAUUUCAGCUGCACCCACUCCUGAGGCAGAGCCAGCUCCAGUGGUUAAGGCUGUAGCUCCGCCACCGGAUGUUGUGCCCCAGAUUGAGGUGGAAACCGUGGCAACGCCUCCCAGAAGCGAGCCGCCAUCUCCAGAGCACGAACCUACGCCCCAGGUCCAAGUCCAGCCUGACCCUCACCCAGAACCCGAACCAGAGCCCGUUGCGGAAGAGGAACCGCUGUACCAAAACCAAGCCGAGAUUAAGGCAGCCUCACCGUUGCCGCCCACGAAUGGAACCGUGACCGAGGCAGUCGCACCAAGUGCCGGUGCAACAGCCUCCGAGGAGGCUAUCUACGCUAACUCGGACAAUUUGGCCGACUACCUGGAAGAUACAGGUAUCCAUGCCAUUGCAUUGUACGACUACCAGGCGGCGGACGACGACGAGAUAUCCUUUGAUCCCGAUGACGUGAUCACUCACAUCGAGAAGAUCGACGAUGGGUGGUGGCGGGGAUUGUGCAAGAACCGCUACGGACUCUUCCCGGCCAACUAUGUGCAGGUGGUGGGGCAAAAUUCCUAAAGGCUUCCAAUUGAAAUUCACGAUAGAACAAAAUCAAAUUGUAUUUACAAACUAACGAAAACGAUAAUACUGAUGUUGGAUUAUAAACCGAUUCGCUACUAACCUAUCCCAUUACCCCUAUUCCCUUCCCAUCCAUCGUUCCCCGUUUUAACCACUCAAAUUAUGUGCAACGAAUGGCUAGAACUUGAAAUUAUUAAUGUAAUUUGUUAUGCUAGCAUUUUAACCAAUCGAGGUAUUCCAUUUUUAUAUAUCAUUUACUGAAUUUUACAUUCUUUGUAUUUAACACAUAUAUUUUUAAAACAAUAUAUGCCUAGCUAUUUAUGUUUCACCCAAGCAAUUAGUGAGCCAGUUUUAUAACGCUCAUUUCAUAUAUUAUACGUUAGUUAUGAAGUUUAAUGUGUCAAGUAAUGUAAUUCAUUUUGCUCUUUUUAAAUUGUAUAAAGUCUACGAGAGUUUCCCUCGUCAGGUGAGAUCUAAUGUUGAGGACAGUCACAAUAAAAAGUCUGCUCUUUUGAUAAAUACAUAAAUAAUAAAGUUAAUUAUUAACUAAA